GUUUAGUGGGCGACAAAAGAUUCUAUUAGGCCCUGAUAAUGUCCACAUGACGUAGACUUACGGUCCACGGUCAGAGUGGAAACCGGGAUUGUGGUGAGGGAAAGGGUUAAUGAACGUUCCAGCAGGAUUGUGCAUUAUGCCUUAGGAAUUUACUAUUCGAGUUUUUCUUCUGUUGACAAUUUGUGUGAAGCAGUCUGGCAGGUGGAGACUUCAGCACUGGAUAACUCUCUGCAAAGCAUUGAGUCGAAGAUGGUCUCUUACCUUUCGUGUUGGCAUUGUGUAUUGGAGAUUCAUCAUGAAGAGUAGAGCAGGUGCGAGUUGGCUGCUGUUUUUGCUACUUCUGAUAUGUCUUCACUAAGUUUGGAAAACCUGUUCUAAACUCUAAUCUCCUCCUUAUGUAAGGAAUAUUAUUUCAGCCAUGCAGUGGCACUGAUGUCAUCCCAAGUCAAGAAAUAUGAAUUUCAGGUGGAGAAAAGAUGAAGGCUCUUCUACAUGAAGAUGUGUUCUGCUUUUCCACGUUGUUAUUAAAGCUGAAUGCAUUGUGAUUUCCAGUAAUUGAGACAGUGAUUCUAAAAGCUGUCUAAAUUAAUGAAAAAAACAGUGUAGUCAGCUUAAUUAACCCUUCAGUGUUAACAAAUUGAAUAGAACACAGUAGAUUUUUUUGGACUUCUGCAUGUGAUGGGCUAGGCCUCUUUUAAGUAUUUUUAUUUAAAGUUUAUUUUAUUAAAUUUUAGUCUCAAUUCUUCAGAUGGAUAAGCAUAGGUACGUAUCUCCCCUAUUGGCACAAGAACCUGCAGAACUGGCUCCAUCACCUAUCCUCUUAGAAGAGCCUACAAGAGCAAUGGACGUGGAGAGCCAUUCUUGUUCCCCACCAGUAGACAAACAGUCUCCACCACCUCCCUUGCAAACGUCCAGUGACGCAGAGGUAAUGGACGUUAGCUCUGGUGGUGAUGGACAGUCAGAUUCCCCGGGUGGGGACUGUAAAUUUCUCAGCAGGACACAACUUCUCACAAAGGGAUCUGCAGCUUACAGCAGCCGCCUGAAAGUAGACCCAGAUGUCCGCGACCAGAGCCCGGGAACUGCACGUCAUGCUACCCCGGUUCGAAGAUUUGCCCCUGAUCUUAAGUUGUUAAGAGAUGUAAAGAUCAGUGUUAGCUUCACAGAGGCUUGCAAGAGUAAGGACAGGAAGGUUUUGUAUACAGGGGAUGGGCAAAGUCCUGAUACAGAAGCUGAUGCAAGUAAUGAUAGUAUGAAUGGAGACAUGCAUGAUUUUCCGUUUGAUAAUGGUGACAGGAGGGCAGUAGGUGAAAGCAUUAGCGCAAAAGAUUGUGAAGCUGAUGCUGAUCACGAGAAGAGAGUGGAAUAUGCAGUUCUUGAUGAAUUGGAGUUCUCAGAAACGGUGAUUGACGUAGAAGAUUAUGAUGAAGUGGGUUUUGCAUCGGACGUAAUUAUUCAAAGGGAUCAGCACGAUGAAGAUAUUCUGAACUAUUCAUAUGAGGAAGAUUUUGACAAUGAUGUGGAUGCUCUGCUGGAAGAGGGUCUUCCCGUACCUAAAAAGAAGAGGGUAGACGAGAACUUUGCGGGUGACAGUGAUCACCAGUCUGAUGGAGAGCUAAGUGUGCAGCCAAUGAUGACCAAAAUUAAAACUGUGCUCAAAAAAACACGAUCCCCCCUUGAGCACCAUUCCUUGUUUGCAUUACUUGAAAAUGAAGGCACAAGAAGAAAGGGAACAAAACCAUAUAGAAUUCCCAGGUUCUCAUGCAUUCUCCACUUCAGAUGGGGAUAAACCUUUGGAUUGUGAAGACCGGGCAGAUGAGCUGGACUCUUCUGUUGGUGGUGAUCACUUAGUGGAUAGUUCAGCAACGCCGGUGACUGAAGAAGCUAAAACGGCUGAAGACAGAGAGCAGUCUGGAAUAGAUACUGCACAGGGAGCCCUGGGACAAGUUAGAGCCAAAGUAGAAGUGUGCAAAGAUGAAUCUAUAGAUGUUGAAAAUUUCCGAAACUAUUUGGAGAGGCGAUUUGAUUUUGAGCAGGUAACAGUGAAGAAGUUUAGGACCUGGGCUGAAAGACGACAGUUCAAUCGAGAAAUGAAACGGAAACAGGCAGAGUCUGAGAGGCCUAUACUACCAGCCAAUCAGAAACUUAUUACUUUAUCUGUUCAAGAUGCUCCUACAAAGAAGGAGUUUGUCAUUAAUCCCAAUGGGAAAUCUGAAGUUUGUAUAUUACAUGAAUAUAUGCAGCGAGUCCUGAAGGUUCGCCCUGUUUACAAUUUCUUUGAGUGUGAAAAUCCUAGUGAACCUUUUGGUGCCUCAGUAAUUAUUGAUGGAGUGACUUAUGGUACCGGAACAGCUAGCAGCAAGAAGCUUGCCAAGAAUAAAGCUGCACGAGCUACACUGGAAAUCCUCAUUCCAGAUUUUGUUAAACAGACCUCAGAGGAAAAGCCCAAAGACAGUGAUGAGCUUGAGUAUUUUAACCAUAUCAGUAUAGAGGACUCACGGGUAUAUGAAUUGACCAAUAAAGCUGGGCUUUUAUCUCCAUAUCAGAUUCUGCACGAGUGCCUUAAAAGAAACCAUGGAAUGGGAGAUACAUCCAUUAAAUUUGAGGUGAUUCCUGGUAAAAAUCAGAAGAGUGAAUAUGUCAUGACUUGUGGAAAGCAUACAGUGCGAGGAUGGUGCAAGAACAAGAGAGUUGGAAAGCAGCUAGCUUCACAGAAAAUCCUGCAACUGCUUCAUCCACAUGUGAAAAACUGGGGCUCACUAUUACGAAUGUACGGCAGGGAGAACAGCAAGAUGGUGAAACAGGAAACAUCCGAUAAAAGUGUAAUAGAACUUCAACAGUAUGCCAAAAAGAACAAGCCAAAUCUCCACAUCUUGAACAAGCUGCAGGAAGAAAUGAGAAAGCUGGCAAGGGAAAGGGAAGAGACUCGAAAGAAACCCAAGAUGUCUGUAGUAGAAUCUGCUCAACCUGGCAGUGAACCACUCUGUACUGUUGAUGUUUGACCUUUUAUAAGUAGUCAAGCAAUAAAAUGAAGGGUUUUGGGGGGGAAGAGAUUCAUUCAGUAGUCCUAAAUGUCACUGACUAUCCUGCCUCACUGCAAAAUGCCUUGUAUAUCCCCAGCUUCUUCAGUUAUGCAUUUUCACAAUAAUCAAAGGGCAAUAUUGCUGAACUGGAAUUUUUACCUCCUCUGUUUUGGAGAAUUCAACAGGUGAAGAGGACCUACUGAAGUCAGCCUUUUUCUUAAGUUAAAAAAGCAGGUGCAGCUGCAACUUAUGUUCUUAGAACAUUGAAAAGCACUUAACUCUGUUUUAAAGUCACCCAGAGUGGCUGCUUGGCACCUGUUUUUUUUUUUUUUUUUUUUUUUUUUUUUUUGCAGUCCUUUGGAGUCCAGCACAAUUUGGUCUGUGCAACAUGAACACUUAACAGCUGACUUUGAAAACAGAAGGUGUUCCCUGUGGGAACCUGCCUUAAAAUAGUCUUUAUCAACUUUUUCCAUGAAUUUGCUGUUAUAGCACGGCAGUAUGCACACUGACUUGUUACAGUUGUGGACAAGCAUUGAUAAGAUGCUAUAAAUAUGUCAAACAGUUGGACUUCCUAAGAAUAAUUUUCAGUUCUUCAACUGAUGUAAUCAACUGAAUCAUUUUGUAUGAAACAGUGCAAGUUUUCACUUAAGCACCUUUAUUUGAAGAUAGUUUGAUCCUUGGUUUAAUUUGGUUUAAACUGCUUAUUUCUGUUGGAUCUAUAUUCUUCAAUUCUGUGUCUUACUGUGUAACUUGAAAUUUGUUCUUGGUAUUACAAAGGCACAGAAGUUUUGCUAAAGGACAACAGAGCAAUUGAAUAUUUAAGUAGUGGCCCAUACAGCUAUUACGUUACAGCACAAAGCUUCUGAAAACUUGUUGUAAGGGCCAGAGCCUGUCUAUAUUAUUUUGCUGGAAACAAGAAGAAAAACACCUUAGUAAGGCUGCAAAGGGAAGGCAAGAGUUGCUGGUAUUCAAAUUGCACAUUAAAUGUCAAAACUAGUGUGACAUUUGAGUUUUAAAGGAUACAAAACUUACUUUCUUGCCUUCCUGAUCAGUGUAAAUUGGAAGGCAUGUCUGCAUGUAGGAUUAUUUAUCGUUUUAAAAAGCGGUUUUACUGAAGUUCAUUUAGUAUGACUUGCUUGGUUGUCAAGCAGAAAGUAGCAGUACAAGUAGGUCCAUUUUAAUUCUGAAAACAAUUUCUGUAAUUUCUCUAAUCUGUGGUACUGCCAGAGAACUGUGUGGGCUGAGGUUAGAGGCUUCAUAUAAUUUUUGUUUACCAACUCAUCCAAGUGACGUUUUAUACAUGGAUGAAUGCUACUUUUGCCAUAAGUGGUGGCAAUGUAAUCGUGUGAUGUUUUACAUGAUUCAUAGCAUGUUUGUGAGUGUUUCUCUUUAAUGAAUGGGUGGGACAAGCUCUGAAAUGCUCUCUAGUUAUAAGCUAAAUGUUAAAAGUGCAAGAAAAAAUGAGCAAGUUAUGCAAAUACAUAUGUUGUUUCCUUUGCCGUUAUUGUUCACAUAAAUACAAAACAUAUGCAUAUUUCGGAAGAACCACAGUGCUAAAAACUGUUAAUGGCUACAGAUGACCUAUAGUCUUGUGCAGAAACUGUACUUUUGUGGAAGUAGCAUACAGCUUUCGAACCUGUACAAUGAGAGGGCUAUUACUUUUUCUGUGGCAUUUUAAGGCUUCAAGAAUACAAUGGACCACUUAACCAUGGAACUGUAAUUUUUCUUCUCAUUGGAAAUUUUAGAGUUGAUUUUAUGCUUGAACAUGAAGUAUGGCUGUCAGUGGUCUUUGAUGGUAUAUGCACCAGUCCCUUGUUACUUGAAGAUAAGGCACACAGCAUAGGAGCCUUGUGAAGUCAGCUGGAGCUGUUGCUGCCGUUUAUGAGCUAGAUGUUACUUUGCAUCCUAGAUUGGGUAGGAUCCUCUUUAGGGAGCACAUCAUGAUAUAACGGAAACACUGAAAAGUUGUAUUUGUUUGUCCAGGUCUUUGACAUAAGAUGUUUACAUGUUUUUGUUUUUUUAUUUUCAUUGUUAGAUGAAACAGAAUUCGGAAUCCUGUACAUGUGUUACUUCUCCUGUGUAUAGGAGAGGCAGUGCAAGUCCUGGUCCUGCAUUUGAAAAAAAACAAAUUUACAUUUACAGCAUGUUUUUGAGUUUGACAGCAGAAAGCUAGUGAUGGGGUGUUUUUUGCAACUUCUUGUAAAUAGGUAGAAUGCAUGCAAUGUUUGUUUUGAAAUUUGAACAUCUUCAGUCUGGUUUAGUUGUGCACAGACUCUUGAUGUGAUAUGAAUCUGAUUCAAAGUAGAUUAUUAGGUGAUAACUGGAGAUUGUGAAUGUGAUGGGAAGCUGCUUUUUGUAGUCUUGAUUUCAGAAAUUAUCUUCAUACCCUUUUAUCCAUUUUAAACAGAGCAUAGUAGAAUAACCCAAACUUUGUUUUAUACUUAGUAAUAUUCAUUAAUAUUUUAAGUAGGAAUUGAAUUUUGCCAGGUUCCAUGUCGGUUUGGAAAUUUGUGACCACCUUACUCAAAGCAAUUUUGGGUAUAUUCCAAUUUAGAAAAAGGUUAGUCCCACAUGCUAAUUUUCUCAGGUGAUGCCACUGUCAUAGAAAGACAUGCUGUUAUGUCUCCAGAUUGCAGGUUUUCCAGAAUCUUCAUUUUUCUGCCUGUAGGCAUUUUUGGAAAUGGGUCAUGAACUUAAUAAUCAAACCUAUGAAUGUAAUAGUGAAAACAUUUUAUGGAAGUGUCCCCACCUUCUUCUCUAAUCAUUACUGAUAAUGAUAUAAGAGUCUACUGUCUCAGGAUGAGAACCGGUUUUGGGUUUCUUACUGGCUGCAUUCUAACUACUGAACUCAAACUGACCUAAACUGGUUUUGUAUUAAUUUUUGAAUAUUGAUCACUGAUGAUGUUAAAACUACAUUUUCAAGUAUGUGUUAACACAUUCGCACAUUCCUCAAGCCUUGAUCUUUACUGGCUUUGGAAUCAUGAAAGAUGUCUAAAAAGUGUUGAUAUAAAAUACUUAUAUGUUUUUGGAAGUGAAAGUUGUAUCAUAACAUCUGUUUCUAUCUGCAGCUAGUUUGUGUGUUGUCAAAUGGAAAUCUCUAAAGAUGCAAAGAGUACAGCUUUAAUCUCUAUAAUACAAGUUGAGACUGUAAUUGCAUAUGAAAGGAAGCUUCUUUUCUAAUGUAGAUGUAGUUUUUGUCCAUACAGUAGAUGUACAUUUCUGUCUCUCUCCCAAAGUGGAGACUGAAAAGUGUGGUAACCUUGUGGAGAAAGGAACAGAGGUUAGGAACUAUUAACCUCAGUGUCACAAUUUAAAGUCUGAUCUUUACUUAUUACAUUGCUGCAUAAAGAUGAACAUGAUUACUUGGAUUCCAAAGAGGAAAAAAGCACUUAACAUUAUAUAUUUACUGGUCUGUGUAUAGGUACCUCUAUUCCAAGGAUAUCUGUAAGAUGAAUUUUCAAAAAGAACAUAGCUUCACUUUAAGCCCUGUAGUUGAUGUGUUUUAUUUUGAGGGAGCCUUUGUAGAACAUACAGUUUUAGCACAACUUCUGCCAUAUUCAGUUCAUUAGUCUCGCUCUAUGGCAUGCAAACUGUAAAUGUCAUGAAAGUACUACCUUGGUACUUUAAAGCUGGUAAUGAACACCGUGAUCUAACUCCUUACAUGCAGAUUCCUGUUGGCAAUUUUGAGCGCUGUAAAAAUUAUCCUUGUGUCAACAGCUCUAUGGACUUGAAUGUCCUAGUUUUCGUUUUGUCUAUGUUACUGUCUGUAAUGUUGGAGGCGGCCAAUUUGUGAAAACUAACAUGGAGACUGAUGUCAGCUUUUACCUAUGGGUUAAGUGAAGCUUCUAUACCCAAUGAUAUUCUAGUUUUGUCAGGAUGCUGAAAAAUGUGUUCUGAAUUUAUUUUUAAAAUAGUAUACUUUUCUUUGGACUCCUGGCAGCUGUGGGGGGAAUCUUUGAAGAGAUCCCUUAAUUUAAUUUCAGGCAAAGUGAGGAACUGUAAUAUUCAUGAAUAGAUUGCUGCUUGACAGCCACUCUCUCUCCAACAGUAUGCCAGAGCACAAAAGAUUAGAAGACUGUUUUCUUUGUUGCGAGGGGCUGUGCCCCCAUCCAUAAGAUGUCAUAUUUGUAGCACAACUUGGAACUUUUUCUAGUUUGAGGUCAUUUGUUUGCUUCUGUCUAUUGGUGGGUAGCAAACACAUGGCUGACUUUAUCAAUAGAUUUGUCACUUGUGUGCACUGUUCAAACUACCCCAAACACUUCACUGUUUAAAAACAAACAUGCCACAUACGUUUGCUACCAACAUUUUAAAGUUUACCUCCCAGCCUGUGAGUGGGACUUUUACUCAUCAGUAAUUGGUCUUCCCUCAGCCAGAUGUUAGUGUGUGUAAACCAAAGCUUAGUGGGGGAGACCAGCAAUGUCUUAUGCAUUUUUCCUUCAGAUUGAUGCUUUUAGAAGUUUGCUGUAAGCUUCAGAACUUGAGACGCAAUGCAGAAAAACAAAAUGCAAUAACUGAUGGAACAAAACGUUUUUUUCUAGUUAACUACUGUGUUGGUAAUUUGUGAAGUAGUAAUUUCAUUACAUAUGUGUUUUUUACUAGUUUGACAUGUUUGGCUUUUGCACUUAAGCACAAUGAACUGCUGUGAUAAAGGGGCUAGACAGUUUCAUUGGUGUGCUUUUGCAUGCAAGUGAUUGGUGAGAUGUUAGAUGUACACAAAGUAUUGUGGGGUGUUCAAGUGAAUGCUUUUACAUGUUGCAUAUGCAGGCUGCAAGGAUCUUAAUUUGACUGCACUCAUCAUUUGUUGAUCAACUUACAAAAGAGAAAAAAAAUGCUGCCUAUGAACUAAUCAUGUGGUACAAAAUUUUACUGUGACUGCCUGUCUGUAACUGUCUUGUUUUCUUGUAAGUGUUUUAAAUUUCUUUAAAACAUAAGCUCUCUGAUGGAAGUAUUUUAUACCAUAUUUGUCCAUGCUAAACUGAAUUUUAAGUACUGUGCGUUGUAAUCUUCAGUGAAAAGUAGAUGUCAUCCUGCCUCAAAAUUUAAACCAUUUAACAGUGCAUUAAACAGUCUGGUAAAUAUUUCAUAUUGGGAAUUUGGGGUUUAUAACCAAGCCAUGCAUUCUUACUGAGUUUUCUCCCGUUUGUAUGAUGUUAGGCAGUGGCUGUACAUGGCUUCCAUUGGAAGCAGUCCGACAUUGCAGCAAAACUUAAAUGCAAAGCUGUAUUGGUUUAAAUGCCUUGUCAUCUGUCCCAGUUGCAUACUGUGUGACCUAGAACUAUUCAUUUAAUAACCUUGUGUUCUUGGAUUGUCUCUGAGAAAGGAUCCUUUACUUUAAGUGGCUCUAUCUGAUGUGCCACAAAAGUGGGUAAGCCAUAUAGCUUACCUAACGCCAUCAUUGUAGUAUUUUGUGACUUAACUGAUUUGUUUCUAGAAGAAUUAUGAGUGGUACUGAAGGAUGCAGCAAGCUGUAGCUUUUUUGCUGCAUGUCACAAGUUUUAACAGAAACCCAUUCCACAAGUUUAUUGCAGUGAGGCAGCACAUUUUUGGCCCUGUUAACACAGUUUUUGGCUAGCCAUGCAUUUUCAUAAUAAGUGUUUAAUCUAAGUUAUGAUUAUGUAAAUUGCAUUCUUCUAGCAGUCUUUUGCAAUAAUCAUGUUUCUGUUGUGCUGCCCUCACUUUUUUUCUUUGUUUGAGUUUUUUUAUUUUUUUGAGGAGGGAUAACACUGCUUUUCAAGAUGGCCUGUGCUAUGAAUUUGGUGUGAAAAUGUUUUCUAGAAAUAAAGGCUUUUUGCUUUAAUUACUGUCUUGUGGGAGCAAGAGGCUUGGACUGCAAUCAUAAUGUUUCCCAUUUUUUAAGUGCAUUUGUAACUAUCUUCAUUGUACCUUUUGUGGUUGUUUUGCCUUCUGUAUUACAAACCUUGUGUUUCAUGUCACAUUCAACACUAAAGUUAAAAGGCUUUUCAAGGUGGCAUUUUCUUUUUAAGAAGAUGUGUAUAAGCAAAAACCUUGACAAAAUAAGUUGCACCAUAUAUUUAAGAAUUGGAUGAUAUAUUAUAUAUUGCUUGUCAGUUGUGUAUGAUUGUUGUAUGGAUUAUUCAUAGUGUGCAUUUCCUGCUGCCAGUGUUGAAAAGUUUGUAACUGUGCAAAGCCUUUGAGGUCCAGCCUCUUGCUUUCUGUACUGUGCACAAUCAUGCCUGUGUAUGUAUUUUUUGCCUUCUAUGUAUGUUUUGGUCUUGUUUACUAUGUGUGUGUUUGUCAUUUUUAGUUGAAGCAAUAAAGUUUGACAUAUGAAA